AUGCUGGGCGAAUUCCCCUCAGUCUCACGCAUUGACCUACAAGGAUCAAAAGGCUUCCUAGCGAAAGUCCGCCGCGGAUUCCUAAGCCAUGUCUGCGAAAAGGUCGAUGCGGUAGAGCCCAUUGCCAAAUUCACCAAGGUUCUGCAGGACAGUGCGGUGGCCAAGACCGGCGCUGUGGGAACCGUCUACACCAAGGGUCUCGAAGACUGGUAUCCCGAGAAGAAAUACGAUCUCAUCUGGACUCAGUGGUGUGGGCCAUCUCACGGACUCGCAGCUCAUUGA